AUGAAGAAGAUGAAUCCAAGCUUAGCCGGCAGUGCCGAAACCGAAGACACGAUUAUGAGCUACCACAAGUCGUUUCUUCCUUCGGGAGCCAAAGACUCGCUCAUCUACUCGUACAAACACGCCAUCAAUGGCUUCUCGGCAAGACUAACAGCCAAACAAGUCGAAAUCAUCGAGGGCACGGAAGGCUUUAUCUCGAUGCUCCCCGACCACGCAUUUUAUCGGCCGCUCACGACCCGUUCCCCAGGAUUCCUCGGGCUGAAUCAGUGGAGCGGAGCCUGGCCACGGACGGGGCUCGGCAAGGGAGCCAUUGUCGGGGUCCUCGACGACGGGAUACCACCUGGCCACCCCUCGUUCAGCGACGACGGCAUGGCGCCCGCGCCUGCCAGCUGGAAGGGGUGGUGCGACCUGCCUCACAAGUUCGGGUGCAACAACAAAGUGAUAGGCGCGCGAGCGUUUCGAGGGGGCAACGCCUCUGCCUUGCCGGUCGACAGGCACGGGCACGGGACCUACACGGCCAGCACAGCCGUUGGCGCGUUCGUGCCCAACGUCAGCAUCCAAGGCAACGCCGCCGGGACCGCAUCUGGGGUGGCCCCACACGCUCACCUUGCGGCUUACAAAGUCUGCUUUGGUGAUGACGGCUGCGACCCUAGCGACAUUCUAGCCGGUAUUGAUGCCGCCAUCGAGGAUGGGGUGGACGUGUUGUCCAUAUCCAUGGGUAGUUAUGGUUUAGCAUUUUACCAAGACGUUUUAAUGACUGGAGCUUUUUCGGCGGCCAAGAAAGGAAUCCUCACGAGCCUGGCGGCAGGGAACAGCGGUCCUUCCUCCUCGACGCUGUCCAACGACGCGCCCUGGGUUAUUACCGUCGGGGCAAGCACGAUUGACCGAAGGAUUCAGGCCACGGCAAAGCUGGGAAACGGAUUGAUGUUUGAUGGGGAGUCUGUGUUCCAACCAAGAAACUUCUCUUCUCAAAAGUUGUGGCGGCUCGUCUACUACAACAGCUCCGGGAAGCAAGAAUGCUACAAUGGGUCGCUGGUGGGGUUCAAUGUCAGGAAGAAGAUUGUGCUGUGCGACGGAGAUGAUUUCAUCAACCCGGAGGAUCAAGCCCGGGAAGUUAAGGAUGCUGGUGCUGCCGCCAUGAUAAUGGAGAACCAGGAAGCCGCGGGGUUUAGCCACUGUUCUUAUCUCCUCGACUUACCAUCCACAUCAGUGGCCUUUUGGGCGGGCCAGGAAAUCAAGGCCUACAUAAAGUCAGCAUCCUCUCCAACGGCAACAAUCUUGUUCGAGGGGACGGAGCUCGGAAACCCGAUUUCCCCCGCCAUCUCUUAUUUCUCAUCCAGGGGGCCCAGCAGCCAAGCUCCCGGAGUUUUGAAACCGGACAUCGUUGGGCCCGCUGAAAACAUUCUGGCCGCGUGGUCUCCUCUGGACCCGACACAUUUGGGGAUCAAAUUCAGAAUCGAAUCGGGCACAUCGAUAUCGUGUCCUCACCUCAGUGGGGUCGCUGCCCUGCUCAAGAGCGCCCACCUUGACUGGUCGCCGGCGGCCCUGAAAUCUGCUAUCAUGACCACCGCGGACCUCGUCAAUGCCCACGGCAUACCGAUUCUCGACGAGAAACUUACACCGGCCAAUAUCUACGCGACGGGGGCCGGCCACGUCAACCCGAACAGGGCGUUGGAUCCCGGUUUGAUAUAUGACAUUGCAAUGCAUGAGUACGUCCCGUUUUUGUGCGGCUUGGGAUACACGGAGAGCCAAGUGGAGAUGAUCAUGCAGGAGCCGGUCGAUUGUUCCUCGAGAAUCCCUCAGGGGCAACUGAACUACCCCACGUUCUCGGUUAAACUAGGCUCGUGCCAGACUUUGUCCCGGAUCGUCACCAACGUGGGCGAGCCUGUCUCGUGUUACUCCGUCAGGAUUUCCGAGCCCCCGGGUGUGAAUAUUGUCGUGAGGCCAUCGAGGAUGUGUUUCACGAGGUUGAAGCAGAAGGCGACGUACUACGUGACGUUUCACCGCAGCAAGAACAUGAGUGGUUGGGGGAAUAAUGAAUCUGUUGCACAAGGCUUCUUGCUCUGGGAAUCAAGAAAGCACACAGUCAGGAGUGUUAUAGCAAUCAACAUCACUGGACAAAUCUUCUAA